AUGAGCCCAGAAACCCUCUCCCCAAAGACUCCUAAUAAUAGCUCGUUUCAUAACGUAAACCGACUGAGUACUAGCCCCGAGCCCAUAAGAGCUCUUAUAGGCACCACCAUGCUUGCCUCAAAAAACGCAGUGGCGGUGAUAGUGGCUCUGGACUAUUCAGAAGAAGGGAGGCACCAUGCAACAGUCCUCCUCUGCACGCCAGAUAACCUUGUCGAAAAAUCUGUGCCCAUAAAGGCCCAGAUCACCCACUUCUUUGCGGCGUUGUCGGGCUUCUUGUAA